AUGACCACACAUGUAAAAUACAUCGCCAUGAAAAGCUUUGAAGUUAGUGCUGCGGUGAUGAGGGUCCCUGAGCGUGAGUUGAUGGGUAACAUUUUGGUGCGUGAAACAGGUGAGCCCUUGCUCCCAAGUCACUCCAACAUAGCUAAAUUCAAACGAGGGAACGAUGGCCUUUAUGUUCACACAGAGGACUGGAAUGAAAUUGUGAAAAGAAGACAAUUGGUAAACGCCAAGGAACGAAUGAGAGUAAGUGUAGCUGUAGGCACAGGCGCCAUAUCAACAAAAAACUGGCAAAAGGUCUGACAUGGAAAUUGACCCAAAAUACUUCAGCUCUGUCACGUGGAAGUAGGCCUAUAGUACAAAAAAAUCAUCACUUUGAUUUGUUCAAUUUGUAUGUGCUCUGACUUGUGUAAUUUGCUUUAUUAGAUCAAAAACAUGAACAGCAUGUUCUCCCGUUUGAAGCGCAUGGUGCCACUGAUGCGUCGUGACCGCAAACCCAGUAAAGUGGAUACGCUGAAGGCUGCCACAGAAUACAUCAAGCUACUGGUGGCUGUACUGCAGGACUCUGACAGUGUAAGUGUAAAACAAUAGGUUUAAUAUAAUGGUGUUGUUGUUCAGACUAGCGGUACAUGCCUCAUACCAGCAAUACUAGGAAUAGGCCUAUUUCUUCCACCAAACAUUCGCCACAACAUUUCAGGCCUAAUUGCAUUGCUCUAGUGACUCAAUAUAUUAACAUGUAAUUUUUAUGUUUGGUAGAAUAAUGGGAGCAAGACAGAUUUCUUGAAGAAUGCAAUCAACUAUGCAACUUCUGAUGGGAUGUGUGGUGAUCUGUGGAGGGUGGAUGAGGUAAUUACUUUGUGCAUUCAUAGCUGCUUGUGUUUACAUGUGAAGAGCUAUUGUAUUAGUGUACAGUUUGCCCCCUAUGGGGUUUUAAAACAAUCCAUCAACAACCACUAUGCUAACCUCACAACCGUCCGGAAGUCUCGCAAGUUUACAUUCUGUUUUGCUGCACAGCGGUAAUCAGUUUGGUAAUACGAGGCUUGCUACCAAAUGCAGGUCAGUGGUCACAAUUCAUGGCCUUGUAGACCACCUGAGUGUGCAGGUUUUUGUUCCAGUCCAGCACUACCCACCUGUUUCCACUUAUCACGGUCUUGGUCAGAUUAGUUGAAUCAGGUAUGGUAGAUCUAUUAGUUGGCACAAAACCCUACACAGUGACCACCACCACUACUUUAGAAUUAGAUGAAAAAGUUACAGUAGUUAUUGAACUUCUCUGUAUCUCACCCUCUCUUCUCCCACAGCUGCUGGACAGUGUGUCAGGAGUGUCCGGUAGUGAGUUGUCCGACGGGGUGACUAUGACUGUUCCCUUGGUGACCACAGGGUUUGGAGCAGGAGAUGGAGACAUGAGUGGGCUGGUGCUGCACCACUGUGUGAUGCCCACCUACCAGUACAUCAUCCAGGUGGCACCAGAUCAGACUAUGGUACUGAAUGCGACACACCAAGACGGCGUCCCAAAUGGCACCCGUAUUUUGUGUUUAUACCACUACUUUAACCUUAGUGAGCUCUAUGGGCCCUGGUCAAAAGUAGUUAACUGAAAAGGGUGCCAUUUGGAAUGCAGACAAUGUCUUUGACUAACUGUGAAGAGUUGUCCAUCACAAGGCCUAAAAUAAUAUCUGACAAUGAAUUUAUUGAAAACGAAUUUAAUUGUAAAACUAUGCAGAGUAGGUAAAACCAUAACAGGAGGCUACCACAGUAGCCAACAAACACACAAUAAAAAAUGGAACUGGAUGCUUAUCAAGGCAACUAUACUGAACAAAAAUAUAAACGCAACAUGCAACAAUUUCAACGAUUUUACUGAGUUACAGUUCAUAUAAGGAAAUCAGUCCCCCCCCCCCACAAAAGGGCUUUAUUACAGACAUAAAUAGUCCUCAGUUUCAACAGCUGGUAAAGAAGCCGGAUGUGGGGGUCGUGGGCUGGCGUGGUUACACGAGGUCUGCGGUUGUGAGGCCGGUUGGACGUACUGGCAAAUUCUCUAAAACGACGUUGGAAGCAGCUUAUGUUAGAGAAAUGAACAUUCAAUUCUCUGGCAACAGCUCUGGUGGACAUUCCUGCAGUCAGCAUGCCAAUUGCACGCUCCCUCAACCUGAGACAUCUCUGGCAUUGUGUUGUGUGACAAAACUCUACAUUUUAGAGUGGCCUUUUAUUGUCCCCAGCACAAGUUGCACCUGUGUAAUGAUCAUGCCGUUUAAUCAGCUUCUUGAUAUGCCACACCUGUCAGGUGGAUGGAUGAUCUUGGCAAAGGAGAAAUGCUCACUAACAGGGAUGUAAACAAAUUUGUGCAAAAAAAUGGAGAGAAAUAAGCUUUUGUGCAUAUGGAAAAUUUCUGGGAUCUUUUAUUUCAGCUCAUAAAACCUGGGACCAACACUUUACAUGUUGCGUUUAUAUUUUUGUUCAGUAUAGAUGCUAAGGUGUACAAUUACCAAUUUGCAAAUCAGUGCAGACAAUAGAUUUGCUGAAUGGAAAUGGGAAGUGGGAUACAAAGACACUUGCACAAUACAUUCCCAUGCUCAUCUCCACUGAACACAUUCUCUGAAUCUCUUGUCAAGGUGAAGGGGUCAUCGCGUUCUUUGUAUUUCUCUGUUCCUUGCUCUCCCUUUAUCUCAGUUUCAGUAAUCUAUGUAGCUAACUCUAGCUCUCCUGUUCAAUACUCAGUAUUCUACCCACCAGGCUUUAACCUCAUGUAACCUGUGAUAUUCUCUCAGGUCUCGACUGUGCUAGCAGGUAGCCCUGUAUAUAACCGGGGAUAUCGAUCGUGUAGUCCCCUGCUCAGACGUUGCAUGCAUCAACCGAUGGUUGCGUGCCACGUUAUAGUCUGUGCCGUCGGGCACCAGGUUGCUAUAGCAUAUGUGGUUAGCUGAUAGGUAAAAUACAUAUACAGGCAUUGUAAGAUCUGGCAUGCAUCAGCAACAUCUGAGCAAAGGAACACGACCAUACUCUCCGGUCUAGACUAUGCUAGCAGGCAGCCCCAUAUAGACUGAGUAUACAAAACAUUAAGAACACCUGCUCUUUCCAUGAGACUUACCAGGUGAAUACAGGUGAAAGCUAUGAUCCCUUAUUGAUGUCACUUGUUAAAUCCACUUCAAUCUGUGUAGAUGAAGGGGAGGAGACAGGUUAAAUGUUUUUUUGUUUUUUUUGCCUUGAGACGCAGAUUGUGUAUGUGUGUCGUUCAGAGGGCAAGACAAAAUAUUUAAGUUCCUUUGAACGGGAUAUGGUAGUAGGUGCCAGGCGCACCGUUUUGUGUCAAGAACUGCAACGCUGCUGGGUUUUUCACGCUCAACAGUUUCCCGUGUGUAUCAAGAAUGAUCCACCACCCAAAGGACAUUCAGCCAACUUGACACAACUGUGGGAAGAAUUGGAGUCAACAUGGGCCAGCAUCCCUGUGGAACGCUUUUGUGCAACUCAAUAUUAGGAACGUGUUCCUAAUGUUUGGUAUACUCGGUGUAUAACCUGUGAUAUUCUCUCGGGUCUAGACUGCUAGCAGGCAGCCCUGUAUGAACUGUUUCCUCUCUAUAGAUGUUCCAGCCCAGCUGAGAGGAAUGGCAGAGAGACCAAGCCUGGACUCAACACACCUUCCAGGUAGGUUUACAAGAGUAAUGUGAGCAUCCUAAAUGGCACCCUAUUCCCUAUAUAGGGAUUAUGCUGCCAUUUGGGACGGAGUCAUAAUUUGCUUGUUGUACACAAAGGUAUUUUCACACUUUGAUACAGAAGUUUGUUCAAAAAUAAUGUUUUUUUGUUUGUUUUUUAGGGGCUAUGCUGCAGAUGGGAGGACGUUCUCCUUCUGAGAACAGACGGAAGGAUGUAUUUGUUAAGUGA